GAGGACGGAUCAGGGUAUCUUGCUGGGCUGGAAGUCUAUCAUGAGCUGCACUGCUUGAUUCUGGGCCGGGAGAUCAAACUCCAGGAGGAUCCGAACCCCGAGUACCAUCUGGGCCACUGCCUCGAUAUUCUGCGACACAGUAUCCAAUGCCACGCGGAUCUGAGUCUGAUGCCCGUUCGCUGGGUCGAGGGCUAUCCCUUCCCGUGGCCGGUUUUUCAAACCACCCGCACCUGCCGGAACUGGGACGACAUUUUCGCCUGGACGAAGGAGCACUCCAUC